AACGACAAAACCGCCCAUCCGACGUCAAUCGCCCUCCGACCUGUCCAUUCGGAAGGAUGCUUCGCGGCCCGAAAUAGCACUUGUACAACGGAAGAAGUGGCCUUUAAUUUCUUCAAAUACCGCCCAGGACUAUCCAACUGCCUUGUCGGUCUAUUUUUGCAACAGCACCCAACAUGCCUCAGGGACGGGUUCUUGUCAUUGCUGGCUCCGACAGCUCAGGCGGGGCCGGCCUCGAGGCAGACCAAAAGGUGAUUGCAGCGCACGGCUGCUAUGCCAUGACGGCCACGACUGCCUUGACGGCGCAGGACACUACUGGCGUACACGAUAUCUACCAUGUGCCGCAGGAGUUUCUGGUUAAGCAGAUCAAUGCCUGCGUCGGCGACAUUGGAGUCGAUGUUGUCAAGACGGGUAUGCUGGCUUCUCCCGCAACGAUAGGGACUGUUGUCGAGGCUCUCAAGAGGCACAAGAUACCCAAGGUGGUCGUGGACCCGGUCAUGAUCGCAACGAGCGGGGCCGAGCUCCUCCCCCGCGAGGCCGUCGCGGAGCUGUUAGAAGGUCUGCUGAGGCUCACCACCGUCCUCACGCCCAACAUCCCAGAGGCGAAGCUCAUUCUCGAGGACUCUGGUCACAAGGCCGUCGAAGUCAGGAACGUCAAGGACCUUGAAGAGAUGGCACGGUCCGUCCAAGCGCUUGGCCCUGAGUGGGUGCUGGUUAAGGGCGGGCAUAUGCCGUUCAAGGCGGAUUUCACUGUAGCCGAGACGGAGGGAGAGAAGGCUGUCGUUGUUGACGUGCUUUACGGACACGGGGAGUUCCUGCAAAUACAGAGCCCGUACCAAAUGUCCAUGAACACGCAUGGUACUGGCUGCUCGCUGGCUUCUGCUAUCGCCUCUAAUUUGGCCAAGGGUCUUACUGUACCUGAAGCAGCCAAGUCAGCCUGCCGAUACAUCGAGGCUGCGAUCAAAACGGCCCCGGGCUUCGGCAAGGGACAUGGGCCUUUGAACCACUUUCACUCAGUUCAAAUACUUCCGUUCGCGCCAGGACGUUUCAUUGAGUAUAUGCUCGCACGAUCCGAUGUCAGAGACGUCUGGAAGGCUUUCGUUUACCAUCCCUUUGUCAUGGCCAUGGGAGACGGCACGCUCCCUAUGGAGUCCUUCAAGCAGUACCUCAUCCAAGACUACCUUUACCUCGUCCAUUUUGCCAGAGCCAAUGCCCUGGCGUCGUACAAGGCGAAGAACAUCGCGGAUAUUGCGGCUGGCGCCACUAUCAUCAACCACAUCAAUCGUGAGAUGAGCCUGCACAUUGACUACUGUAAGGGCUUCGGCAUUACUGUGCCCGAGAUCGAGGCAACCGAGGAGCAUCAAGCUUGCACGGCGUACACACGCUACGUUCUCGAUGUGGGAAUGAGCGAAGACUGGAUUGCCCUUCAAAUGGCACUGGCUCCCUGUCUUCUAGGGUACGGUGCCGUAGCCAAGCAGCUCCACGGCGACAUUAAGACGAAGCGCGAUGACAACACGUACUGGAAGUGGAUCGAGAACUAUGUCGCUGAUGACUACGUCGGGGCCGUCAAGACUGGGUCAGAGUUGAUCGAGAGGCAUGCCGUGCUACAGAGUCCGUCGAGCAUCGAGCGGCUUAUCAAGAUCUUCGUCCACGGAACCAAGAUGGAGAUUGGCUUCUGGGAGAUGUUUCCUUACCAAUGAGGAAGCCCAAUAGGAUUGAUUGCUCAAGAGUUCCGAUAGAGUACUAGAACACAGCAAGGACUUUCAACAAAGACGGUGGACAAAGGGUCUGGAUAACUGACGGACAGGCUUGAGCGGCCAAGGCAUCUUGUUGUCGUCAUCCUGGCGCUCACACAGCCUCGUAUACCAACUUUAGAUAAAUACCUAGAUAAAUCUUCUGGAAAAGAACCAAAGCAAACGACUCAAGCAUCGUCACGCUGAGUGGUGCAGGAGCUCCCUCCAUUGUCUGGUGCAGCUGGCCGUGCCCCAUUUUCUUUGACAGUUCAGGCGUACAGGACGAAGUGUUAAUGCCGCCGUGCCAUUGAAUACGUCAAAACCUGCAUAAUGAGGGAGGCACCCCUGCCCUCGGAGACUCAUCCGAGGCCAAACGGUCUCCAAUCAUUUAGCAAUAGUUUCGCAGAACGGAUGCAAAAUCUGAGAAGGGUUUUCUGGAGAUCCAAUCCUGAACAGCAG